ACCAAAAAUGAAAGUUGAAAAAUAAAAUAAUGAAAAUUUUAAACUAUUCAAAUUUCAAAAUUUACAUUGUCAGGCUGUUAAUUAUAUAUUACCAUUCAGUUGACCAUAUGGAAUCAUAUUGUCCAAUUUUGUCCAAAACAAAGGCACUUCAAAGACUGAGAGUUGGAUCCAAUCUGGGUCGGUCACCAGGACCAGAGCCUUAUUCUUCUGAAUUUUCAGACUUGUGCUGAGCCCAUCCUCAGGGGAGCUUCUGUCUCUAGCAGAGAGAGAAGUUCUGGUGAGGGAGAGGUUCCCUGAGGAUGGGGGCUCCAGCAUGCGUCUGAAAGCUCAGAAGGCCAAACCUCUGGUUCCGGUGAGCGACCCAGAUUAGAUCUUGCAACAUUAUCCUGGGAUACGUAUUAUAUUUGCCUUCAUUGUUAAUUAAACUUUUUAGAAUCUGAGGCAUAAUCAUCUUGCAGGAAUAAUUUGCAACACUCCAAUCACAAUAUAGACAAAAUUCUUCAUAAAUUGGAAGUUUCUUCAGUUUUAACUACAGCAUUCAAUUGGCAUCUUCAAUGGUUAACUUCCUUCCAGGGAUCCAGGUUUAGCCUGAUUUUUCAAGGUAUCCUACUGAAAUCACAAUUUCCACAAAUCCACAAGAGGGCGCUCAGACAUUAGCUUUUUGAAGUGAAGUUUGAACCAGGUCCUUGCUGGGAACUGCAAAUAUUGUAGUCCCUUCCACCCCCACUGCCAAGAGGGGUUUUCUUUCCCCUUCUUCACAAGUAAGGGUUAUUUUACAAUUGGGCUUAAUUUCAGAUAGUGGGGAAUGAAAUGUCAUUUAUAGCUGCUGGUUUGGACAUUACUUGAGCCUCUGCUGGCAGUAAAGUCCUGUAACAGCCACUCUAUAGGACAAAUCCGACAAGUCUAGCAGAGGGUGCCCAUGAACACCCAGAAGACAUGAUAAAAACUCCUUAAUUUCAGAACACAUAGACAGACUCAACCAUAGUGUCAAUUGGGAAAGUGUGAGUAUCCUAGACCAGGCUAAAUCCUCAAAUACUCAGGAAUUCUGUUUGGCAUUCAGACAAAUCAGCCAUCAACAGGCACAUAGAAAUAAAUCACAAUUUACACACCAUUCAAAAAAGACAAUAAGAAGAGAACAAAAAGACCACAAGACAUCCUCUCCAGUUGCUAACAUUCAGAUAAGCAGGGAUUAACACCCGACAAACAUUAAGCAGUGAAAGAUACUUGAAUCAAGGAACUACCAAGGAGAAAACCACAUUGCUACCAACACUGGCAGGGCAAGCCACUGGUAUGUAAGCAGGGAACAAACACCAGACUCACUAACACUGAUGAUGUUGAGUAAUGAAACAUCUGCAAGCAAACAAUCAAGCUCAGAGAGCACCAAGUAUUCCACAGAUCGACCUUGAACUACAGAGAUUCUCUUUAUUGAUACUGGGAAAUAACCUUGAACAGCUGAGUACUGAUACUACAUAGCUGAGUAUCAUCAAAAGGUGAUGGCACUUAACUCUGUACCAACAAGUUCCCUUGCCCAGUGGUUUCAUAUAGAAGUUAAAUAGGACCAGGGAAAGAAUUGAAUCCUCCAGACCCUGCAUAGUGGAGGCUUUAGGGCCAGACUUCUCCUCAUUAUCAACACUGACUAAAACCAAAGAAAAAAGGCCAACAAAAGGCCUACUUCUUUAAGCUGUUGCAAAAGGCUAUGGUGACUGAUGGCACCAAAGGCUACUGAAAGAUCAAGGAAGACUUGAUCUAAGAUCCUUCUCCAUCCCAUAUUCUUACCAUAUUUCUUUACUCAAAAGUUUGGUAUAUGUUUCUUUUGAAAUUUGUCUAGCUGAAUUUUGCCCAAAGUUCCUGCUUGCCAAGAUCCUCCUGAAUCUUGAUACUGCCCUUCAAGCUAUUUUCUAUUGGCCCACCUUUGUAUUGCUUACACAUUUUAUAAUUAUAUUUCCUAACCCUCAUCCAAGUAAUCUGCAAAUAUAUUGAACAGCACAGGGCCUAGAGCAGAGCACUGCAGUCUGCUAAUGAACAUUUCCCUCCAGCCUGGACAUACACUUGCUGGCUACAAUUCUUCCACCAGCCAUAUCCAUCUAACAGCAGCAAAAUUCAAGCCCCAUUUUGUCAUAUACCUUGUCCACUGCUUUGCUGAAGUCACAAUAUCCAUCACAUUCCUGCUGACAACUAAAUUGGUCCCUAUCAAAAAAUAAGAUCAGGUUGUUUGGGCACAAUUUAUUCUCGAUAAAUCUAUGCUGGCUCCUGACAAGCAGUAUAUUAUUUUCUAAAUGCUCACAGAACUGUUUCAUCAUUUGUUCCAGAAUUUUGUGAGUGUCUUAGUUCUUUCCCCACUCUUUGUAGAGAGGGAAAGCAUUUCCCUUUUCCAGUCCACUGAUACAAAUCCAGUGUUCCAUGAAGAUGUUCCAAAGAUUGCAGAAAGGGGCUCAGGUGGCAUUCACAAACUCCUCAAGACCGAGCUGUGACUACUCUGGUCCCAGACCUGAGACAAAACUCUACCUCUGCUUGCUCCAUCUUCAGGACACUCACCAUCCCCAGCACCAGCAUCCCCAGCCUCUUCUUAAAUGCAGGACUGGGUUAUGUCCUCCUCCACCCCUUCCCAUUGCAAAUGCACCUCUUACUAGUAGUGUAGGAAGCUGUUUUGCUCUGCUUCAAAGCCAUUGUUUUCUCUCCAAAGCCCUUACAAGUGAUCAGCUGGUGCAGAUGCAGAGUCACCCAAGUCAGAUGCAUGUGGAUCCCGAAGGACAGGUGCCCAGCUAGGGAAGUUCCCAUGCAGGACCUGGGAGUGGGGAGAAGUUUUCUAGGGCUUGAUGAACUACUUGGUCCUCUGCACUUGUUAGUUGCUGGCAAAAAAAUAUUUUUCUUCCCCACUCGCUUUGUUAGAAAGCAGGGAAAAUACGCCUUAUUUUAUUAUAUGCUAAUCCAUAAAAAUCCCCAGACAGUUUGUUGGCAGGAUUAGUCCUCAAUGGUCUUUUUAAUUCUUGUAAUUGGCUUUAACAGAUGUUCUCUGGAGCCACGUCCUAAAACUCAGGUUGCUGCGAUGCCAUCCGCAAGCGACAGCAUAUCAGAUUUCCUGGGGCCUCUGAGAGCCUUCAGACAAGGAAGCUAGAGGGGUCCCAAACUCAAAAGAUUGAAUCCUAAACAAAUUGGGGGAGCUUCUCCUCAAAAGGCCCCAUUGGGAGAAGAACAAGUGCAAAUCCUGCUUGAAUGGAGCUGCACAUUUCUUUCCCCUAUUGGUGACCUUGUUCAAAAAUGCGGGUUACACUUUUGACAUGAAAUGUUAGGAAACCCCUUCACAAGACCUACUCUCACCCCACAGAGCCAGUCCUUCUUUGUCCUCUUCUGAAGCAGAACCCUCAAGUCCUAUUGCUUGCAGGGGCAGGGAAACAGACAUGAAGGCCAGUGCCUGCCAAGCCAGAGAGGCCUUUGGUGCCCAGAGAGCUCUGCAACCAGAUAGGGUGUCCUUCAUCUCAGAGUGCAGCCCUCCAAGGCUGGAAGGAGAUGGGGGUGUCCUUAUUUACAGUGUUUGGGAUGUGUUGAGUGGACUGCCCAGGCAUUGGUUUCCUCGCUACCCACUCCCACUCCCCAGGCCACCAGGUGACAAAAACACCACAACAGAUCACUUUUCUUAGGAGGGGGAGGGGCCCGGGAAGGUUUCACCUACUAUCAAAACUGGCUACAGCAGAGCGAGCCUUGGGCACCCAAAGCGAACCCAGCAACAACUGGCUGUCGAGGUCUGGUUCUCUCCUGGAGUCUAGCCUAAAGCUUCUCAGCCAAGCGUUGGGCUCCUUUCCAAGGCGCCAGCUCCGCCAGGCUCCCCCGCACCGCGCAGCCCCUGCAGUAACUUAAGGAGGGAAAGCGGUUGAAUCCCUGCCCCCCCCCCAUCACCUAACUGCAACACCUCGGAAGAGCCGGAGAGGCUCCAGUGCACAUGCGGCAAACCUGGCGGGGAUGGGGGCGUGUUUGGCCUCUGCCCCCCUUCCCGACCGAGCCGCCAGGAGGCCUCAAGGACCGCGCCGCGUCUAGCCUUUGGCGCGCGGGAAGGAGCUCUUUCUCAGCGAGCCUUGGCCGGUCAGGUGGCCGCGCCUCUCCAGCUCUCUGGCCAGCGGCGCUGCCCUGACAGUGUUCCGCGCUUUGCAGAGGUGCAGUGCCGUCGGCGCUGGAAGCAGAGGGCCUCAGACAAGCCUUCCCGCGAGCGCCGGAGGAAAAUCGUCACAGGUGAACCGCGAGGCCGGACGCUGCCCAGCCCGCCGCGCUAUCCUCAGGAGCUGCGGGCGCGCUUCCCCUGGCGCGGGCGGAGACGAGGCCCCCGGAGAGCGGAGGCGGUGCCGGAGGAAAGCGCUCCGCCCGCGCUGGGCUCAGCCUUCUGAGCAGCAUCAGCAUCAGCUUCAGCACCGGCGAGAGUCAGCUGGCUGCGCUCUCAGCGCGCGCCGAGGAACCGCCCGCCGGCAGAGGCAGCUUUGGCGCCGCACUUGAGUCGGCGCUCGGUCGCUCGGUCUGCGGGCCCACGGGCGGCACCGCCGGCGCCUGUCCUGGCCGCGGCUUUGGCCCGCAACCGAGCCCAGCCGCUUGUGUCAGCCCGGCCGAGGAGCGUCGUUUGCAGGCUCGCAGCCGCCCAAGUUUGCCCGAUGCCUCAGAGAGCAACGGAAAAUAGAAGCAGGGUUGUUCAGAUCUGUGGGCUCCUUCCUGAAGUUGUUCCUGCCUUUUGACUUGCCAACCACAGUUAACACUUACCAGUGUCUAUUGUCCUGGAUCGUUGGAAGCACACAAAUGCUUUUGUCAAGAAGGAACUGCAGUAUUUGUGGGGAAGGAUAACUAAGCUUGCCUUCCAUGGUUUCUGCUCUCCUCCAGAACCAAAACCUUUUUUACAUACCCAGGAUUUAUAAAGGAAUGUUUACAAAGAAGUUGGAAAACAAUACAAAGAGCAAACAAGAGAGCUAUCAAAGCAAAAAGGAACUAAAUAUUUCCCAAGCUGGACAAGUAAAACUAUUCUCAAUUAGUUUAAAAAGCACAGUAAAAAAAAUAGCUAAACGUACCUCUGCUCGCAAUUGGUCAGCAGAAGAGGAGAGAAGCAACCACGAAUUUUCUCUGUCUCCAACUUUCAGCUAUCGGGCAGCCAUUGUGAAUGGAUUGCAACAGAGAGUUUUCUCACAUAAGAAUGAAGAUUCCUUUCAGGAUGCAUCUUCUAACGAAAGCUCAUUCUCAAAAUUUUUAAGUGAAACCAAAGACCAAAACGGGAGAAAAGAAUAUUCAUUGCACACAAUGCCUAUGAGACGCAACAGGAAGAGUGUGAGUAGCCUCGCCCCUUCAGAUGGCAGUUCCGAAGGGGACCGCACACUGCACAACCUCAAGCUUGGUGCUUUACGGAAGUUGAGGAAAUGGAAGAAGAGUCAAGAGUACGUCUCCUCAGACUCUGAGCUCAGCACGUGGAAGAAAACCUGGGGCCUGAGGAGCAAGUCUUUGGACAGAACUGCUCGCCCGCCAAAAUCCAGCACCUUGGAAGCAAGCUUCAGUUCCACCGGUUGCAUCAGUCAGACCCAUGAUGUGAUGGAAAUGAUAUUCAAGGAGCUUCAGGGGAUCAGUCAGAUAGAAACGGAGCUCUCUGAAUUGCGGGGACACGUCAAUGCCCUCAGAGAGUCCAUUGAUGAGAUCUCCAGCAAUGUGGAAGUCGUGCAGAAUGAAAUUGAACAGCUGAGGACCGGAUUUGUACAAUCACGAAGGGAGACACGUGAUAUAUAUGAUUAUAUCAAACAACUUGGACAUGCAGGGAGCAAAACUAGUCUUAGAUUUUUAAACGUUCCAGAGGAGAAGUUUGAGAAUGUUGAACAUGUAGUGCACAGAAUAUUAAUAGAGAAAAUGGGAUUUUCAGAGGCUCAAAAUUCUGUCAAAAUAGAAUUUGCACAGCGACUGGGACAACAGAGAGACUGUCCUAAUGCCAAGCCACGGGCCAUCCUUGUUUAUUUUGAAACAUCCCAGCACAGAGACCUGGUUCUGAAAAAGUCUUACAAGCUUAAGGGGACAGGGAUUGGGGUUUCAGCUGAAAUUCUCCCUCGAGAUUCAAGAGAGCGGAAGCAGAGGAGCCUCCCUUCGUCUCAGACGUAUGAGAGCAUGGACCUGAAGUGCCUCACCAUGGAUCUCAGAGCCAGAGAGCAGGACUGGGAGUUCCGUGAUAACCAUGGCAAAGAACUGGAAUCUGACAUCAGUCGGAACAGAUAUGUGAAGAUAUCCAAAUCUGCUCCACAAAUGAAAAGAAAUUCUGCUAAAGGCAAGGGAGAUGCUCCUAAAAGGGCUCCAGAUGACAAGACUUUCCCUGGUCAAGGCAGCCCACCGAAGGAGAUCAGAGCUGCCAUGACCUCUCUGUGGCCGUCACAGGAUGAUUUGGCAGCACUAAAACUCAGUCGUUCAGAGUCUGAUUUUUCUAAACUUUGCCAGUCUUUUUCUGAAGAUUUUUCAGAGAACCAGCACUUCAUCAAAACAAAUGGGAGCUCGCUUUUAUCCUUUUCUGACCGGGAACUCUGGCAGAGAACACAGGGUGACCCCGCUGAGUGGAGUGGUGAUCAGGAACAGGGGUUUAAUCCAGAAGGCCCCUCUCAUAGACUUGAGAGUGAAAUGGAGAAUACAGAAACCAUUGACAGUGGGGUCAGCAAUGGGAUGGCAUGUGCCUCAGGCGACCGGAGCCAUUAUAGUAACUCUCAGAUAUCCUUAGAAGAUGAACUUUCGCCAUGGAAGGACUGGAAUCGGCUAGACCAGAAUAGAGACAUGGAAAUAAAUUCCUCAAGCUACCAACAUUUGGGUUAUAACUUAAACGAUUUUUCCGACCGACAAGUAAAUCUCGGCCAGUUCUCGGAUGCCCGGUAUGAGGCAGAAAAUUAUGAUUAUGCCCUAGACAGUUACUGCCUCUCUGGGGGAGGACCCACUACUGAAAUGCAGUGGUCCAGCCAGUUCACUGGGCAGCAGGAGGCUAAAGCCAACACCCUCUUUCCCACCCAAACCAGGAAGCCUGUGAUGUAUCGAAGCCAAAGCGAGUUGCCCAGCACGGAUGCUGAGGAAGGACCUCCCAAGUCUUGGCACAGCCGGCUGAGCAUUGACCUUUCAGACAAAACCCUCCUCUUUCCCAAAUUCGGAAGUACCCUGCAACGGGCAAGAUCAGCUUUGGAAGUGGUAUGGAAUAAGAGCACCCAAAGUUUAAGUGGCUGUGAGGACAGCGGGUCAUAUUUUAUGGGAAGGUUUCACACACUGUCUCAAUCCACUGCUAAUGAAUCAAGCAUCACCUUGGAUUCUGACAUUUACACAGAGGCCUCCUAUUAUCGAGCUGAAGAUGGGGAAGAUCCCAGUGAAUCCAUGGGCGAGCUUGAAACAGAUUAUGUGGAAGUUAUGGAGCAAGUCCUUGCUAAACUGGAGAGCAGGACGAGCGCAACUGAGUUGGAAAAAGAGACACAGGGAGGGGAAGUGGAGGCGGCAGCUGUUGCACCAGAAGAUUUUCCUAGUGGCAAUUUGGAGAACCAGGUGGCCAAUCAGCACAUGUGGGAAGUUGCCAGGGAAGAUACAUUGGCUGGAGAUGAACUAGAUGUAUGUGAAGAGGGAAAUAAGAAUAUUCCAGCAAUCCCUGCUAAAGUGCCCAUAAAAAAAAAAGGCACCCCAUCUUUUAAAGAAGCUGUUCUGAGGGCAUACAAGAAGCAGAUGAGUGAGCUGCAGGAAAAGAUCCUUGCUGGAGAUAGCAGUUCUAUGGAUGAAAAGGCUCUUACUGUCAGCGGACGUUCUUUGGACGCUUCCAAACGUGCCGUCCAAGCCUUUUCUGGCCCUGGGAGUACUCUGUAUGGGAUCGAUAGCAUGCCAGACCUGCGACGGAAGAACACAUUCCCUGUCAUCCGAGAUGUGGCAAUGACACUGGCUGCCCGAAAGCCGGGGGUCUCGCUGGCCAUCCUUGUCCAGACAUCCCUGAAUAAUGAGAUGAAACUGCACGUUUUCAAAAAGACUCUGCAGGCACUCAUCUACCCCAUGUCCUUGACCACUCCACACUACUUUGAGGUCUGGACAGCCACAGCCCCCACCUAUUGCUAUGAGUGUGAAGGGCUGCUCUGGGGCAUUGCCCGACAGGGAAUGAGAUGCAGUGAGUGUGGAGUGAAAUGCCAUGAGAAGUGCCAAGACCUCCUUAAUGCUGACUGCCUUCAGAGGGCAGCAGAGAAGAGCUCAAAGCACGGGGCUGAAGAUAAGACCCAGAGCAUCAUUACAGUCAUGAAGGAGCAGAUGACAAUUCGGGAGAAAAACAGACCAGAAAUCUUUCAUCUGAUCCGGGAGGUGUUCCAGGUUUCAAAGGAAGAGUUCUCAAAGCACACAAAAGCGGCCAAACAGAGUGUCCUGGAUGGCACCUCCAAGUGGUCAGCAAAAAUAACAAUCACAGUGCUUUGUGCCCAAGGCUUGCAAGCAAAGGACAAAACUGGCUCCAGUGAUCCAUACGUUACUGUGCAAAUUGGCAAAACAAAAAGGAGAACAAGGACUAUCUUCGGAAACUUGAAUCCAACAUGGGAUGAAAAGUUUUAUUUUGAAUGCCACAAUUCCACAGACAGAAUAAAAGUCAGAGUUUGGGAUGAAGAUGAUGAUAUUAAGUCACGAGUGAAGCAGCAUUUUAAAAAAGAAUCGGAUGACUUUUUGGGACAAACUAUCAUCGAUGUCAGAACUCUGAGUGGGGAAAUGGAUGUCUGGUACAAUCUGGAUAAGCGCACUGAUAAAUCUGCCGUUUCUGGAGCCAUUCGGCUGAAACUCAAUGUUGAAAUCAAAGGGGAAGAGAAGGUCGCUCCGUAUCACAUGCAGUACACCUGCUUACAUGAGAGCCUCUUCCACUACUUGACUGAGGUGAAAGCAGGUGGAGCUAUUCAGAUCCCAGCAGUCAGAGGAGAGGAUGCCUGGAAGGUCUACUUUGAUGAUUCUGCACAAGAGAUUGUGGAUGAAUUUGCUAUGCGCUACGGAGUUGAAAACAUCUACCAAGCAAUGACGCACUUCUCUUGCCUGUCUUCCAAAUACAUGUGCCCUGGUGUUCCAGCUGUUAUGAGUACUUUGCUAGCCAACAUCAAUGCUUUCUAUGCUCACACCACAGCCACCACCAGUGUCUCUGCUUCUGAUCGAUUUGCUGCCACUAACUUUGGGAGAGAAAAGUUCAUCAAACUCCUGGAUCAGUUGCACAAUUCCUUGAGGAUUGAUCUCUCUAAAUACAGGGAUAAUUUUCCUGCCAGCAGUCCUGAGAGGCUUCAGGACCUAAAAUCAACUGUCGAUCUCCUGACAAGCAUUGCAUUUUUUCGCCUGAAAGUUCUAGAGCUGCCGAGUCCCCCUCGAGCCAGCACUGUUGUGAAAGACUGUGUCCGGGCCUGUUUGGAUUCCACGUACAGAUAUAUUUUUGAUAACUGCCAUGACCUCUAUGCUCAGUUAAUAGACCAGGGUAAGAAGCAAGAUAUUUCUCGGGAGGAACAAGGUCCAACAAUUAAGAAUCUGGAUUUCUGGACCCAGCUCAUUACCCUCAUGAUCACCAUCAUUGAUGAAGACGGAGCUACCUACACUCCUGUCCUGAACCAGUUCCCUCAGGAACUGAACAUGGGCAAAGUCAGCGCAGAAGUCAUGUGGAUCCUCUUUGCACAGGAUAUGAAAUUUGCUCUGGAAGAGCAUGAAAAGCAUAGGUUAUGCAAGAGCACAGACUAUAUGAAUUUACACUUCAAAGUGAAAUGGUUUUAUAAUGAAUAUGUGCAAGAGCUCCCUUCAUUCAGAGACACGGUGCCUGAAUACUCUCUGUGGUUUGAGCCAUUUGUCAUGCAGUGGCUAGAUGAAAAUGAGGAUGUCUCCAUGGAAUUCCUCCACGGCGCAUUGGGAAGGGACAAGAAAGAUGGGUUCCAGCCCACCUCAGAUCACGCACUCUUCUCUUGCUCAGUGGUGGAUAUCUUCACACAGCUCAAUCAGAGCUUUGAGAUCAUAAAGAAGCUGGAAUGUCCUAAUCCUGCAGCACUUUCUCAUCUUAUGAGAAAAUUUGCAAAGAUAAUCCACAAAGUGCUUACUCAAUAUGCUGCAAUUAUAACAAAGGAUUUCAGUUCUUACUGUGAUAAGGAAAAUGUGCCCUGUAUCUUGAUGAACAACAUUCAGCAACUGCGAGUACAGCUUGAGAAGAUGUUUGAAGCCAUGGGUGGGAAAGAGAAGCAAGAAGGCAAACACUUUUCCUACAAGCUGGACCCCGAGGCCAGUGAGAUCUUGAAAGAGCUGCAGACCAAGCUCAGCAGCGUCCUAGAUGAGCUUGGUCUGACUUACAGUGCCAGUUUCCAGCUUCUCAUUGAGGAGUGUGUGACCCAAAUGAGCUUGGAGUUAAAUCGGAUGCGAGGAGAUGGAGCAGCCAGCAGCCACAGCGCCGUGCAGGCUGAGAUUGUGCUACGCCCCUUGAUGGAUUUCCUCGACAAAACCUUAAGUACCUCAGCAAAAAUCUGUGAGAAGACUGUUCUGAAGCGGCUUUUGAAAGAGCUCUGGAAGUUGGUCUUGAACAAAAUAGAAAGGCAGAUUGUGCUCCCACCCCUGGCAGACCAAACUGGCCCUCCAAUGAUUCUCAGUGCAGCCAGAGAUUUCAGCCAGCUGUCGAAGCUGAAGGAUCACGUCAUCCGAGAAGAAGCAAAAAGCCUGACCCUGAGGCAGUGUGCAAUAAUGGAAGCAGUUCUGGCCACCAUCAAGCAAUAUUUUCAUGCUGGAGGCAACGGGCUGAAAAAGAGCUUCCUGGAGAAAAGUCCAAACUUGCAGUCUCUCAAGUAUGCCCUGAAUUUGUACACACAGACCACAGAUGUUCUGGUCAAGAAAUUCAUCAACAGCCAGAUUUCUCAAAGCCAAACAACGGACAACAUCAUGGGGAAGAUUAAUCUCCAGGUGGAUCUGGCAACGCACCCUGCAACUGGCGAGCAUAAAGUCACUGUCAAAGUUGUAGCCAUCGAGGACCUUGUCUGGCGGACCAGUGCCACCUUCCGCCCCUUCGUGGAGGUCUGCAUUCUGGGGCCCAGCCUGAGCAACAAGCGGCGGAAGCAUGGCACCAAGAGCAAAAGCAACACCUGGUCCCCAAAAUAUAACGAGACAUUCCAGUUUCUCCUGAGCAGCGAAGAGCGGCCCAGUGCUUACGAGCUGCACCUCUCCGUGAAGGAUUACUGCUUUGCAAGGGAAGACCGGCUCAUUGGGGUGGCUGUGGUCCAGCUGCGGACCCUCCUAGAGAGCAGUGGCUGUGGCCCUGUGUGGCACCCUCUGCUGAGAAACAUCUGCGUUGAUGGGGCUGGGCUGACAAUCCUGCAGAUCCUUUCUCAGAGGACCAGCGACGAAGUUGCCAAGGAGUUUGUCCGGCUCAAGUCAGAAACACGGUCCACUGAAGAAACAGCCUGAAAUUCCAGCGAGGAAAUGCAAACUUCCAGCCCCAAGAUCCUUGAUCUGUCUUGUGAUGUCUGACUCAUGCAUGUAUGUGCAAGUCUGUGGGAAUGUUUGACUCUGUUUCUGUGUUUGCCAGAACAUAAAUUACUGUAUUUGCAAGAUGCGCCCAAGAGCUGUUAAUCUUUUCUCGAUGUUCAGAUUCUUGAGGAAAAAACAGAACUGUUCCAAUGAAGUGCCAAAACUGCAGCAAAGAGCAAAAUUAUGAAUGGCAUCUUUUGAGAUGUACUGAUUUUGUCUCAUGACAGCCACUUCCUUGUGGUCACUUCCUGUUUAACUGUUCUACAGCCCAUGCACCUGCAGACCCAUUUCUCCAGCAUCACUUUGGACACUUGGCCUUAUUUCCCUCCCAUUUUAUGCAAAGUCCAUAUAAGUCUUGCUUUUGAAAUCCUUUUUCUACCAUCUACAGGUGCAGUUACUUCAGAAAGUGUUUGUAAUUUUAUAGUUGCUGAUUUAAAGAAAUGAUUUUUGCAUACAACUUUUAAAAAGUGGAAAUGUUUUGUGCUGACCUUCCUUUCCCAGUUUUUCAUACUUACCGCUGUGAGGAAGAGCUGGCAGAGCAACUUCUCAAGAAGUCUGGUCACAUUUGUUACUGAUCUUUAAUAUCUUGAGAUACAUUUGUUCUCCAAAGCUACCAAGGUAAUUCCAUACCUUUAUUAAGGAGUAAUUCUGUCCCUGGGUUCAGUGCUUUUUGGGUCUCGAUGGGUCCCAAGUGACAUGAUGGUUCUCUGAGUAGGGCACCCGGGGUGGGAUAUCUGAAAUGAGGAGAACAUGCCUCAAAAGGAUGAUGGUAGUCUGAGGAAGAUUCCAGGUGAGUGAACUUCAGUAUAGUGUACUAGUUUCCCAGGGUUGUGUUCUGUGAAUGGUGUUGGAUUAUACAGGGUUAAUUAGCUGGAGCCUAUUGAUGAAUGGUUUCCACCAAGAACCAAUUUUGCUGUUAACAUUUCUCACUCUGGCUGUUAAGAGAUUUUAUUUUAGAUUCUUAGCUGAAAUCUCAGUUAAGUGCUUUCUUAUUUUUAUUUUCAUAAAAGUUUCCACUUAUGCAAUAUGCCUAUGUCCUGCAUGGAGGCAAACAUCCAUGUGAUGUAAAUAUAUUUCGUGAGAAAUUGUAAAAUAAAGGCAGAAGAAGCUGUU